CACCUCCCUCCCCCUUGUCGCAGAAGUGAAGGCGAACAUGGCCGCGCUCAGGACAACGCGGUGUAUCAUUCAAAGCGCCCGGCUUUUUGCAAGCGCGGAACAGCCGUAUGUUAGAGGUCUUUGCACCCAGACCCCCGGAGAAUCCGAGGUCAAAGCCGCGGGUAUCAGAAAACCUCAAUUCAUGGACAAAGAUGUCCAAAGUAUUCUUACCAGAAUAACAGGCUUGAAUCUGGAGAAGGUCUUCAAGCCGAAUAAGCAGCAUUUGAAGCCACCUCAAUACAGUCUAAUGACUGAUGAGCAGCUUGAGGAGACUCGGCUUAAAGCUGUGGAAGCAGCUAAAGAUCGUCUCCGCAUGCCACCAGUCCUGAAUGAAAGGGAACCAAUUUGUGACGUACUUGCAGAAGAUAAGAUUCUUGAAGGUUUGGAAACAGCUAAAUAUGUCUUCACAGAUAUAACCUAUAACAUUCCACACAAAGAGCGGUUUAUCGUGGUGAGGGAACCCAGUGGGGUGCUACGCAAAGCAACUUGGGAAGAACGGGAUAGGAUGAUACAGGUCUACUUUCCUCGUGAAGGUCGCAGAAUUAUUCCACCACCAAUUUUUAAGAAUGAAAAUCUUCUGGUUGUUUUUGCUCAUGAUCAUUUUGAAGACAUUCUCGAUUUCUGUCUUGUCCAAUUUGAGCCAAAUUCUGCUGAUUACAUCAGAGUUCACCACCAGACUUAUGAAUAUAUUGAUAAAUAUGGCAAGUAUGAUCUUCUCCGAUCAACCAGGCACUUUGGAGGAUUGGUGUGGUAUCUGGUGAACAGAAUGAGAAUUGAUGGUUUAUUAAUAGACAUGAUUCAAAGAAAUCUAAUGGAUGAUGCUGUAAGUGUGAUUGAACUGUAUCACUGGUUACAUCCAGAGUGUCAGUCAGCAAAGGAGGCAAACAAACAGCAAGCCAAGGGUAUUGAACUGAUUAAGGUAUUUUCCCAAACUGAUUCUAAGAAGGGAGGCUAUAUUGAAUUAGCUUUGCAAGUUUAUCAAGAAACGCUCAGCAGCUCUACUAAUCAAGAUCUCCAUAGGAGUGAAGAACAAAACUGAUGUUAACUCAAUCCAACACUUUUUGGUUUGAAUCCUGGUGAAAACAAUAGAUGAAAAAAUUUACUUUCCAUUCACUUGCUUUUGGAAAAUGCAUUGACUGCGGCAUUAUCGUGGCUAAUCUGUACAGACGUUAUCUUCAUAGGAAAUCCAAUGUUUUCUAUUUUGGGAUGUGAUUUAUUAAAUAUUUAACUGUUA